AGGGAAAUUCAUAGGUAAAUGGCACAGACCGUUAAGAAUCUAAUUUAAAUCACAGAAAGAUACUCUGGCAGUUGUCUGGAGGCUGGCUAAGGAUGAGCUAACAGAUAUUAACUCACUGAAGAGGAGAGGGAAGAGUUAACUAACUGAGGAUGUAGAGGCAAUAGAUGAGGGUAAGAACAAUAGCAGGAGAUAUUGUAGUGGAGAGUUUUGGACAAGAAAGUGAGGAAGUGGUACCUGAACAUGAGGGAGGGCUGGAAAACAGUGAAGGAGAAAGAAGCCCUAUGGAGUGUGAUGCAGAAUAAUAUUAAUAGCCUCAUCUUGGGAUUAAGCCAAAUGUUUAUCCUGAUGAGUCUGGAUAUAAUUCACCUUACAGAAAUAAAAUUGUGAUGAGUUACAAGUAGAGAACAUUGAACAAAAUAGAUACAACUUAUGAAAAAGAUCAAACAAGAAAGGAGUGAUGUUUUUAGUUAAGGAAAGCUUCAAAGUGGCUGGAUACAAUGUGAUGAUGGACUAGCAGAUGCAUUAAUAAUUAGAGUCCAAAAUAUACCAGGCAAAAAGACGAUUCAAAGUAACUGACAUACCAAGCAAUUAAUUAGGGAAAUCAGUCUUUGUUGACACUUCCAAAGCCUUUCAGUUUGUCGACCUCAGUAUACUGUUAGGAAAAAGAGCGAUAUUAAGACAUGAGGUAUAAGCACUCCUGAUUCAAAGGCUAUUUGACUGAUAGUGUGUGUGUGUGUCCUAAAUUUUUCUUAUCGUAUGACAUAAUUAUAGUUUUAGAUCCUCAUCAGUCACUGCUACAUCUUGCAACCAGUAUUUGGAGAACACAGUGAGAAUAAUUGAGGGUGGUUGCAUCACCCUCAAUCACGAUCUACAAAACUCAAACGAUGACCAAAGGGGCAAUGGAUCUGUACAUGAGUGAGGUGGCGAGGGGCGUGGCCAGGGGGCGGCUAGCAGCGUGUGCCACCAGGGAAAUGUGUAUGAACAUAAAAAAAGGCGCCUGUCAAGAAAGGUUCGUUCGGUGCAAGGAGUUGGCACAGGAGGUGUCUGAGGCUGUGCAGAGCGGCCGUCUGAACCUGGUGCCACAGCUGCACAGGAGGGCAUGGCAUAGCUGGCUGGACAACAUCACAGACUGGUGUGUCUCCCAGCAACUCUGGUGGGGCCACAGAAUGCCAGUGUACCACAUCACUGCAGCAGACGGCCGGGAGGUGUGGGUGGCAGCUGCUCGGAGGAAGAUGCAAGGCGGAAGGCUGUGCAGAAGGAAGACUGUGCUGCUGCAUGGCCUCCUGUGUGAUGGUGGCGGCCACAAGACAUCCAAGUCCUGGGGCAAUGUGAUAAACCCCCUGGAUGUGAUCAGUGGGGCGUCCCUGGAGGUACUGUGUGAGAGGAUGGAGGGGAGCCUGAAUACAGAAGAGGUACUCACUGGUAUCAGGAGGAACUUCCCCACAGGCAUCCCAGAGUGUGGAGCUGAUGCCCUUUGGUUCACCCUUUGCUCCACCAACUUCAAUACUGCACACCCCGUCCUGCAGCCUCAAGGCACUCACCUCUCCUUUUCCAGUCAUGGGUGCCUGCCUCCUCCUUGCAACACCACCACCACCACCACCACCACUGCUGCCAUUACCUACGAGGGGGAGAGACUGUGAUGUGGCUGCAGGUGGCUAGGUUCGGAGGCCUCCAGAGAGCUGCCCAGAGUGAAGCUUGUGGUAUAGAGGGACAGCUGCUGAUCAUCAAGCUUACAUAGUGACUGGAGGAAAGUGGGAGGAGCCUGGAGGGAGUGAUGGAGGUACAGUACUUGGAGAAAAUCCCUUCACCAUGACAACUGGGUGUCUGCUGUACAGGCCACUGACCAAUGGGGAGAUAGGUAGAGGGAGACUGGCUAAUGGUGGAUGAGAGAGAGAGAGAGAGAGAGAGAGAGAGAGUCAUGAUAAAGGAUAUUGAGCACAGACUUCACCACUGGGUCGACUCUGGGGGGCUGCGUUCUUUUGCUAGGGAAGUACUGACUGGUUGGUGGCCGUGGCUGUUCACGCACUCGCUCUUGCUGUGGCUGGCAUGCUGUUCUGUCCUCUCUUCUUCCAGGAAUUGCUGUCUGAGGUUGUGUGUGUGUGUGUGUGUGUGUGUGUGUGUGUGUGUGU